AGAAAAAACAGAAAAACGGUGGUAGUGUAGGAAUAUAAACGAAUAGACGGAAUUGUGGAAAACUAAAAAAAUUAAAAGACAAAAAUAACGAUGGAGUCAGAUGCCACCACCGCAAAGCUGGAGGAGCGAAAGGAGCUUGAGGACGCCGCCGGAGAUACCGGGGCGACUUCGACCCCGGGAGACGCAGAUGCUGCUGGAUCCGAGUCUGCUGGGCCUGUGGACUUUUCUGAAGAACAACUGCACGUAUUUGCUGGUCAUCAAAAGGGAAACUAUCCUCUAUACGCAGAUGAUAAACCAGCCGGUGGUAUAAACUAUGAAUAUUUGGAUCAUACUGCAGAUGUCCAAUUACACUCUUGGGGUCCAACACUCAAGGAUUCAUUUGAAUCGGUAGUGCAAGCAAUGUUUGAUUACAUGACUGACAUCAGAUGUGUAGAGAGUACCAUAAAUCAGGAAGUUUCAGUUGAAGGAGAUGAUAUGAAGUCCUUACUCUUCAAUUUCUUGGACGAAUGGCUCUUUGUUUUUUCGGCUGAACCUUUCUUUAUCCCUAGGGAAGUCAAGAUCACAGAAUUUGAUACAAAGAAAUUUAAAAUUCAGUCAACUGGGAUUGGAGAAUAUUUUGAUCUUGUUAAGCAUCCACAGGGGACAGAGGUUAAAGCCAUCACUUAUUCCAACAUGCAGAUCCACGAAGAUAAGGACACAAAUGACAUCUACGUGAUCAUCGACAUCUGAUACAAGCUCAAUCGAGAGCAUAGACUUUCUCCUCAUGCAAGCAAACAUCGGAGCGAGUAUAUGGGACUGUACCAGCUGUUUGAAUGUAUCUUCAAUGCUGAGAUGAAGUGAAUUCCUAUGUCUUUCUAUACUUGAUCAUCCACGGCUGUUCAAAAGUAUUUUCUGGCUUCUAAUUUGAUAAAAUCUAUCAUGUAGGAACAUUUAUAGACGAAAGCAUAAACCAGCUCAAAUCAUGACUGUAAAUCAAGCAUCUGGAAAGAUGUGAUGGUAAGCAGUUUUGCAUAACUGAACAGGCCUACCCUGCAGUAUAAAAUAAAGAAAAUGAAUUAAUUAAUCAAUAAAUAAAACAAAUAAUACAUGUGUGCUUGUACAUAGAACAGCCUCUUAUCUUUAUCAGCUGGAUGAGGAUCUAUGGUGCCUAUUUUUUUCAUACAUCUUUAGAGGAUUUUUUGUCCACACAGAAGUCUUAGAGUGUAUAUGUGGCAGUGCUGCAAUAUGAUGUGUGCCGCUAAGAUUGCUUUACACUGUGCGAGUGGCUACUGGAUUUGUGAAAGAAAUUGUGAUGUUUUAUACAAUUUCUUGAUACAAGGUAAAUUAUUUCGAAUUUCAAAUUUACAUGUAUAUCCUGAAUUGCUGUAUGAAUAAGUAUAUAGAUUGCAGAGUGGUAUGGCCCGUCUACUCCUGUACAAUGGCAGAAGGCAGAGAAUGACAGCGAUGCUGCUUCAGUUGCAGCUGGCCUGCAACUGGUAUCCAAGUCGGGCCUGCAACUGGUAUCCAAGUCGGCCCUCUUUUGACUCGCUGACCAAAAAUUGUGAGCAGUUUUGAUAUUUAUAAAUCUGAUGACCUUUCUGGACCUCGGUCAUGAACGAUUUACAAUUUGAAUCUCAAUUUAACCAAUCUUAUUGCAAUUUCUAUAAAAACCUACUUGCAGUCAAUUGCACAGUUUGGGGCAAGUGCAGGGAAACCUGGUGAAAUGCAGUGACCUUCUAAGUUUCAGGAUUCCAAAAUUCAAGGACCUUUAACCUUUGCUAUGCCAAUGUAAAUACAUGUAAAUUCAUAUCCAAACAAAGUCCUUAGAGCUUAGUUUUCUUUAGCAGUUUGAGAGUCAAUAAAAGUGGAAUAGUAUGUUUUGUAAAGCAUAAAAGUUGUCUUUUAAUAUUUUAUACUUCAUGAUGAUUGUAAUGAUAAUAACAAUGAUGGUUUCUCUUUACCUAAGGUAGCCACUUAAGCUAAGAACUGUUCUCCCAGUGGGCCCUAUCAAACAUGAUAUGUUGUCUACAUUGAAAUGAUGCAAUACCUGUGCUUUAGAUUAAUGAUGGUAUUUGCUCGAAUUACUCUGUUGGAAAUCUGCACGUGAAGCCAAACAAAAACACAAACCUUAAUCCUCUCAUUUUUGUAAGCCGAAAACUACAUCACAACAUAACCCCCUCUAAUAAUGAAGUUCCUGAGAAAUUAAGACUCGAGAAAUUAGUGUCGUCUCGGUCUCCCUUUUCUGAAUUUGAUCUUCCAUUGACUUUGUACACAAAGCAUAAUUUGUGUCAUAAAGGUCAUGUAAUGUUGUAUGUCGCGAAGUUGGUUUUAAAAGUUCAAAGGAAACUGUCGUAAUAUUUUGUGGCAUUAUUUGCAGUCCAGAAAAAUUGCCCUUACCCCCAGUCCUUUUAGGGUUAAGUGUUUAACAAAUGCUCUCCAUCAUUGACUUUAUGCUGAUAGAUACUUGGGUUAUAGAAUUGAAAUGUGUUUCUGUAGGGUGUCUAUGUUCCCAGACUCCUGACGGCUAAUAAGGGGUUUUAUGCGAACGGCCCCUACUAGGGAAUAAUAUUUGCACAUAUAUCUGAAAUUGAUGCAACUGAUUGAUGCAAUUUUACUUAAAUUUAACAGUUAUUUUAUAAUAUAUUUACCAUUCAGACAUUUUUUUUGCCUGUUCUUGUAUAUCCUAGGCACUGAGGAAUGAUGUCCUUUUAUGUGUUUUGUGAUCAUGAAUGAUGCCAUUGGCAUUAUGUCUCACUGUGGAGGCACUUUGUGUACAUGCUGCACUUUAUGAAUGCCAUCUAUUGAAGUCACCACUGGAACUGCAAACUCGGCUUAAAUCGACGGUGUUUCAUUCUUCACUUGCAUGGUGAUCACUUUUCUUUUCCCCUUCUCCUUCCCCCUUCCUACUAGGCUCCGGGUGAUUUUUUUCCUGAGUUUACAAUUCCAGUGGUGACUUUAUUAGAUGGCGUUCAUAGGCCCGAAUUCACAAAGGUCUUUUUGAAAACCCACGGUUGAGUCCAUGGUUUAUGUAGAUUUCCUGUAUAAAUUACGCUUUAAUUAAGCGCGUAUCGGGCGCGUGUGUAAAAAAUUCCCAAUGCUGAUGAGCGCUUUUGUCACUGCACCAAAUUGACGCCUGUUACCAUGGUUAUAUACGCUAUUUUAUUCAUGAGUCCACUCUUCAAACAGUGAACUCAUGAAUAAAAUAGCAUGGAUAACCACGGCAACAGGCGUCAAUUUGGCGCACUGUGACAAAAAGCGUGCAUCAGUAUUGGACAUUUUUUAAUAUACGCGGUAAAAUAAGCGUAAUUUAUAUAGGAAAUCUACAUAAACCAUGGACUCAACCGUGGGUUUUCAAAACCACCCUUGUGAAUUCGGGCCAUAAGGUCUCGGUCGGAUAUAAUUAUGUGUGUGAGAGUUUUGUCAGACGUGUAUCAAUCGGAUAUGAUUAUUUA